UUGCCACUCCAGGAAGAAGCCGCGAUGGUGGGAUGGGUGAUGGCAACCACCACAAAGAGUCAAAGACGCAACAAGACAGUGGUAUCGACUCUUGAGCUUAAAGAAAAAAUGCAUCGACGCACCACAAUAUCACGCAGGUCCUACAAACAAUACUACACAGGAUGACACGAACCAUCCUCUCCAGACGUUCGUCAUCAACUGCUACAACUAUGGCGCCACACAACCUGCAACUCGCGAUCAAUCGACUAGAAGAAACACACAGCAGCCAAAGCCAUCACUAGGCCUGACAUGGAUAAGGCCUAUAUCGCCGUCCUCUCCGGCGCCUUCCUCUUCUUGCUCCACUACCUCGUGGGCCGUGCGGGCAGCGGCGGCAAGGGCAAGGGCAAGGGCUCGCAGCAGCUUCCGCCGAGCCCUCCGGCCAUCCCUUUCCUCGGCCACCUCUACCUUGUCAAGGCUCCGUUCCACGCGGCGCUGGCCCGGCUCGCGGCGCGCCAUGGCCCGGUGUUCUCCCUGCGCAUGGGGUCCCGCCGCGCCGUGGUCGUGUCCUCGCCGGAGUGCGCCAAGGAGUGCUUCACGGAGCACGACUUGAACUUCGCCAACCGCCCGCUGUUCCCGUCGUUGCGGCUCGUGUCCUUCAACGGCGCCAUGUUCUCCGUGGCCAGCUACGGCCCGUACUGGCGCAACCUCCGCCGCGUCGCCGCCACACAGCUUCUCUCCGCGCACCGCGUCGCGUGCAUGACCCCCACCAUCGCCGGGGAGGUGCGCGCCAUGGUGCAGAGGAUGGACCACGCCGCCGCGGCCGCACCCGGCGGCGCCGCGCGCAUCCAGCUGAAGCGGAGGCUGUUCGAGCUCUCCCUCAGCGUCCUCAUGGAGACUAUCGCGCAGACCAAGACCUCCCGCACCGAGGCCAACGCCGACACGGACAUGUCGCCCGAGGCGCACGAGUUCAAGCAGAUCAUCGACGAGCUCGUCCCGUACCUCGGCACGGCCAACCGAUGGGAUUACCUGCCGGUGUUGCGGUGGUUCGACGUGUUCGGCGUCAGGAACAAGAUUCUCGACGCUGUGAGCAGAAGAGACGCGUUCUUGAGGCGGCUCAUCGACGGGGAGCGGCGGAGGCUGGACGACGGCAGCGAGAGCGAAGUUAAGAGCAUGAUUGCGGUGCUGCUCACUAUGCAGAAGUCUGAACCAGAGGUCUACACUGACACUGUAAUCAUAGCUCUGUGCGCGAACUUAUUUCUCGCCGGAACGGAGACCACGUCCACCACGACGGAAUGGGCCAUGUCGCUCCUGCUGAACCACCCGGAGGUCCUCAAGAAGGCGCAGGCCGAGAUCGACGCCGCCGUGGGCACCUCCCGCCUGGUGACCGCGGACGACGUGUCUCGCCUCACCUACCUGCAGUGCAUCAUCAACGAGACGCUGCGCCUGCACCCAGCCGCGCCGCUGCUGCUGCCGCACGAGUCCUCCGCAGACUGCAAGGUCGGCGGCUACGACGUGCCCCGCGGCACGAUGCUGCUGGUGAACGUGCACGCGGUCCACAGGGACCCCGUGGUCUGGGAAGAACCGAGCAGAUUCAUGCCGGAGCGGUUCGAGGACGGCAAGCAGGCCGAGGGGCGGCUGCUGAUGCCGUUCGGGAUGGGGCGGCGCAAGUGCCCCGGGGAGGCGCUCGCGCUGCGGACCGUCGGGCUGGUGCUCGGCACGCUGAUCCAGUGCUUCGACUGGGACAGGGUUGAUGGAGUUGAGGUCGACAUGGCCGAGAGCGGCGGGCUGACCAUGCCCAGGGCCGUCCCGCUGGAGGCCCUGUGCAAGCCGCGCGCAGCUAUGCGUGAUGUUCUUCAGAAGCUCUGAACAUAUUGAUGGACCUUGUUGGCAUCGUCUUGUCGAGUCUGAUAGUGUGUGAUGUAGCUACCGAGCGUAUGUAUUCGUAUAAUCGUAUUGUGUAUAUGAACAGCUGUUGAUUGCCUUGUACUAAUUGAUCUUUGACGAGUGUAUGGAACGGAUGUGAAUCGACCUUCUCUCCA